UGGUUAAGAUAUUGCGGUGGUCGGUACCCCUGACAUAAAUACUGGUUGGACUUUGGAAAAUAAAGUAUAUUACCUUUGUUAUAAUACAUAAAAUCUGUAGUAUGGGUAUAGAAGAAGAAAAGCCAAAAGCUUUUCAGCUGAAACCAAUGAAAUGCGAAUUCAAUUUUUUGAGUAAAUCAGAUGGUUCAGCGAUUUUAUCGCAAGGAGAUACAGUAGCAGUAGUAAGUGUUAAUGGACCCCUAGACAUUAAAUCGACGAGUCAAAGUAUAGAAAAAUCUACUUUAGAGGUUUUAUACUGUACCAAGGGUGGUAAACCAUCAGUUGCUGAUAGGUAUAAAGAGAAUGUCAUCCGUCAAACUUGUGAAGCUGCAGUGUUGGGCAGUCUGUACCCUCGAACAGGUAUUACUGUUACCAUUCAAGAGCUAGAAGACUUCGGAGGGUUGCUGUCAUGUUGUUUGAAUUGUACUUGUCUUGCACUCCUCAACUCAGGUGUUUCAAUGCGGUGCACAUAUGCAGCCAUAACAUGUGCUAUUGAUGAAAGUGGUGAUAUAGUUCUAGAACCAUCAAAACAACACCUGGACACCGCAAGGGCAACAAUGACAUUUGUAUUUGAUAGUAGAGAGAAAAAUUUGGUUACUAGUGUCACAGAAGGUGUGUUCAGUGAAGAUACGUACAAGGAAGCGUUAGCGCGAUGCCACGCUGCCAGUGACUUGGUGUUCAAUUUCUACCGGGAGAUUAUAAGGAAAUACGCCAACGUUAUUUGACAUUGAAUCCUAUGGUACUGCCAAAGACUCCCUUGUAUGUAUGUACGGAGAAGUCUGGGUACCG